AUGAGAUUGGGACGUCUUGGUCUUAGAGGUGCUCGUAGAAGUGGUAGAUUAUUUAGAGGUGGUAGAGGAAGUGGUGGUAAUAAUAUGUAUCAAAACAUUUGUAAUUUGGUAACUAUGAAAACAUUUUUUAUUUUACUGUAUAUUUCUAUAAUUUCCAUUCUUGUUGGAUAUGUAAUUGGACAAGGUGGACCUCCAGGAUUUAAUGAAGGUUCAAACAGAGGUGGAAGUGGAAGAGGUUCUGGUAGAGGUGGAGGUAGAGGGUCUGGAGGAGAAAGUUCUGGUAGAGGUGGAGGUAGAGGAGGAGGUAGAGGAUCUAAUAAUGGUGGUCAAGGAGGCCAAGGAGGAAACUGGGGUUCCAAUGGUGGUGGUCAAGGUGGCCAAGGAGGAAAUUGGGGUUCCAAUGGUGGUGGUCAAGGUGGCCAAGGAGGAAACUGGGGCUCUGGUGGUCAAGGAGGAAACUGGGGUUCUAAUAGUGGUGGUCAAGGAGGAAACUGGGGUUCUGGCGGUCAAGGAGGAAACUGGGGUUCUAAUAAUGGUGGCCAAGGAGGAAACUGGGGUUCCAGUGGUAGUCGAGAAGAAAACUGGGGUUCCAAUAGUGGCGGUCAUGGUCACCACAGUAGGCCCGGUGGAAAUUUUGGUUUUAAUGAUGGUAGCGGAAGAGAUGACUGGAGAUCACAAGGUAACUUCGGUGAUAGAUGGGGUUGGGGUGGACCAGUACCAUGGUGGAGAAGAUAUAGGCCUUCACCAUUUGAUGGAAUGAUGGGACCAAGACCAAUGUUUAAUUAA